AUGCCAUACCGUCACAGACCUCCCUCUGUCCAUGUCGAGCAUCUCCCUGCUGGCAGGUACGGCGCCGUCCCCUCCACACGAGAGGACGUGAUCGACCCCGGGUCCAUCGACGGGAGCGAAGGUCAUCCAGGCAUCAUCCAUGACGUACAUCACGCGUCCAAGGUGUAUCAGUCAGUGUCGGAGGGACUCUAUGGCACCGAGAACUACAGCAUCGCCCUCUGCUGCUUGUUCGCACUCCUGGCUAUUGUCCAGUUGGGCAUCGCCGCCAACAUUCUGUUCCGCUAUGCGCCUGCUCUCGCUCGCAUGCUGGGGCCUGUCGCAGGGAACUGGACCCGAUCGAAGGCGCAGUGGAUAUCAGCGCUGGUGCCCGCCUCGGUAGCUCGAUGCUGUGCGUUGCUGCUGCUGAUUGCAGACUUGCGUGCUAAGGCGGAUGGAGCUGGACCUUGGGAUAUCUCGUUUAUGUUUGAGAUGUCGUCGUUUUUCGAUGCAGUUUCUUCAUGGUUGUUCUACACGAUCAAGGUGAAGUGUCUCGACACGUGUUAG